UGGUUGCUGAACUUUUUGGUUGUCUCAUGGCUCGACUUAUGUCUGCAGCAUAUUUUCACUUCUCUGGAGUCGACAUUGUAUGGUGCUGUUUUCUUAGGCCGAGAGACAGAAUUCUAUAGCACUUUGAACGCGCAUAGGGAUGGAUCUAGCGAGCGUUGGUUGGCCUGAAUGGAGGAUAAAAGAAGUUUAUUCUAGAUGGGGAACGGCCGAGGGAGGGCUGUUGUGCAGACCAGACAAUGUGAGAGCAUACGGCUGCAAGGGGACCAAGGGUUUGUGACUGGGGAGAUCAUAUCAAACCAAAACUGACAAUUCAAGCUCAGUUAUUCAUUUUGUAGGGGACAACUUUUUUUUUCUAAGAAAGGCUGCUGCAGGGACCAGGUAUUUGUUACACAGUUGUUACUCUAUACUACUGGUAUAUUGUGCAGUAUAGCUUAUUCACGUUAAAGAAAAGUGACAAGGAAAACGUUUUCAAUUCAGAAUAUAACCGCUAGUACCACGUACUGUGUUCUAUGGUUUAUUUAUAAGAGACACCCGGCAGCCGCGAGUGAGUGCCCAGUGAGAAAACACUGCGCGCCUUUGUGCAAACCCGCCGCUGCCAGCUAAACUGUGGACUGAGGUGGACUCCCUAGGGGGACACCGCACACAUACCUUACCGACUAAAAGUUCUCUGGGCUUCCAUAUCUUGUGCUUGGACAGCUGCGGUAAACAUCAGGUGACACAAAUAUGGGUGAAAUGUACGUCUCCAUGUGGCCAGUAAUGGCGUUGUUAAUACUUGGGAUUCCUGGGGCGCAUUCAGCCAAAUGUCCAAAAUUGUGCGUAUGUGACGCAGUACAACUCACGGUUGCGUGCGUCAACAAGAAUUUAACGGCGGUUCCUCCGACCAUUGAUGAGAUAACAGUGAAGUUGGACCUGAGAGGGAACGACAUCCAGGUGCUUCCCACUAAUGCCUUCGCACACACGCCAUACCUUACCCACCUGUCCCUGCAGCGCAGCAACAUCCGCACGGUGCGGGAGGGCGCAUUUCGUGGCCUGGGUCGCCUUGUCUUCCUCAACCUGGCCAACAACAACAUUGAAAUUCUCCUCCAGGAGUCUUUUGAUGGGCUGUCCUCCCUGAAGCAGCUUCUUAUUGACCGGAACAGGGUAGAAGAGAUCAAACCAGGGGCUUUCUCUCAGCUUGGCUUCCUCAACCUGCUCUCCCUCACCCACAACCAGCUUGUGUACCUGCCUAAUAUGGUCUUCCAGGGCCUGCAAAACAUCAAGUGGCUACGCCUUAGUCACAAUUCCCUCAAUUACUUGGACCUUGAGUCUCUUGCUGGGCUCUUCACCCUCACAAGACUUAGUUUGGACCACAAUGAGCUCCAGUUUUUCCCUACUGAAACUAUGACCAGACUUCCAGAGGUGACACGUUUGGAUCUGAGCUACAACCCCAUGACCUACAUGGGUGAGGACGCCGUCUCCAUGUCCAAACUCACCCACCUCUUCCUGGACCACAUGUCCCUUCAGGACUUCUCCAACACCGCUGUGCUCCCCUCCAAAAGCCUCACUCACCUGGACCUCAGCCACAACCAGUUGCGCGUCCUGCAGCCGCUAGCCGCAGGCUCCCCCAAGCUGACGCGCCUCAACUUAGCCGGGAACCCCAUCUACUGCAGCUGCUACCUGCGGUCACUGCGCGAGUGGGCCCUGCGGGAGAAGGUGCGACUGGGCGGCACUUGCGGAGGCCCGCCGCAUCUGUCUGGGGAGAACCUGGAGGCCGUGCAGCCAGGGGAGUUGCGUUGCCAGAGCCAGGAGGCCAUGCUAAAGGCCGAGCAGGAGGAGCAGGAGAGGGCCACCCUGCCCACGACGCCACCCCCGAACAAGGUCAAGUGUCCAGCUGACUGCCACUGUGAGGCUGACAUCUUCCAUUCCUCCUGUGAGAACAAAGGUCACACUAAAGUCCCUCGCGGAUUCGCUCCGGACACUCGCCUGCUGGACCUGCGUGGCAACCACUUCCACUACAUCCCUAGCAACAGUUUCCCCGGCGUUCCUGACGUGGUUUCCCUCCACCUGCAGCGUUGCAAGAUCCACGAGCUGGAGACGGGGGCCUUCAAUGGCAUGAAGGGCCUCAUCUACCUUUACCUGUCCGAGAACGACCUCUCCUCCCUCAGCCCCGACACUUUCAAGGGCCUGCCGCAUCUCACCUACCUCCACUUGGAGAAGAACCGCUUCACCCAGUUCCCUAAGGGCGCCUUCAAGCUGCUGCCUGGCUUAUUGGCACUGCACAUGGAGAACAACGCCAUCACCAAGCUGGAGGCGGGCGUUUUGACGGGUGCAGAGAACCUGCGGGCGCUCUAUCUCACGUCCAAUGUCAUCAACACGGUCUCGCCGAGGGCUUUUGACCCGGCACCUAACCUCGACACCCUCCAUCUGGGCAGCAACAAGAUCAGGGACGUGCCCAGUGAUGCUCUAUCCAAGGCCAGCAGCCUGGGGGAGCUGCGGCUGUCGGGAAACCCCAUCCGCUGGGUGGCCGCUGAGGCCUUCCGGGCAGUGGGGGCCACUUUAAAACACCUCUAUCUGGAUAACAUGGGUUUAGAGAAGAUGUCUAAGGACUCUCUGUCUGGGCUGGGGUCUGGGCUGCAAAGCCUCUUCCUGGAGGGCAACCACAUGGAGGAGGUGCCUGACCUGAGGCUUCUGACUGGGCUGGAGGUCAUAAACCUGGCAGGGAACCCUUUUCACUGUGACUGCCCACUGCUGCCUCUACGCAAGUGGCUUGACAAGGUGAACCUUAAGGUCAGAGCCACCUGCGCUCACCCGCCAGAACUCAAGGGUCAAAGGGUCAAGGACGUUCACAUCUUCAAGAGCUGCCCAGGCGAGAGGCCGCCCUCCACACAAGCCCCCCGCACCUCCAAGCCCCCGAAGGCCACCAAGCCCAAACCAGCCCUCCUCAACGGGCCAAAAGUAGUCCGUGUGAUGAAGGCUAAAGCCAAGCCAGGCAAGAGGCAGACCCAACCUCACACAACACAGACAGAAAAGCAGGCCACAUUGAAAAAGAGGAAGGCAGUGUAACUCAUACAGGAUCCCAGCACAGAUAUGUAUUCACAGCUUAGUCACUACAGAGGACCACACAUCUGAAACCACACCUAGAUCCUUUUUUUUGUAAUUCAAACUACAUUCAUAUAUUUGUGUAUAAAGGUCUUUUAUAUUACAUUAAUAGUGUGUACUGGUUAAAUGGUUUUAGGAACACGAUUUUUGUGUUUGUGUUAGUG